GAUGGGUUCUAAAUAUAUCUUGCAGGACACAACUGAGCAGUUUCCUGGCAUGAGAAGUCAGUUUCUUCUAACAUGGAUUUAGGUGAAGGAGCGUGCCCAGGCUCUAACGCUGUGCAGAUGGACCAGGCAAGGAGCCCUCCACCUGAUGACGGAGGUGACGGCCCUGUCUUCCUACAAAUAGGUUGUAAGUCUUUUAGUGUCCAGCGGGAAGCACUAGCCAACAUCAGCCCUUACUUCCGGGCUCUCUUUUAUGGUGGCAGCCGGGAGAGCAGGCAGCACCACAUUGAAAUUCGAGGAGUUGGCUUGGAGGAAUUCCAGCAGCUGAUGGACUUUGUGGAGACAUCAAAGCUCACUCUGAACCGAGACAAUGUGCUCUCCAUUUUAGAAGCUGCCAACUACCUGCAGAUGGAAAGAGCCAGGCUGCUGUGCUGCAAGUUUCUAGAGCGGGAGCUGCACAUUAGCAACUGCUUGGGCAUGAUGGCUUAUGCCUGGCAUUUGGGCUGUAUGGAGCUGUACCAGGCGUCAAGGGGCGUGGUGCUCACACACCUCCCGGCUCUGGCCUGUGAAGAGGACUUUGUGUAUCUCUCGAAGGAGAAUGUGGCAGAGCUGCUGUCCAGCAACCAACUCUGGCUUCCACGGGAGGACCUGGCCUUUGAAGUGGUUCUCAGGUGGGUGGCACAUGACCCUAGCCGCGAAAAAGACUUCCUGGAGCUGGCUGGUCUGGUGCGGGCCGAGUGUCUGAGCCUCUCUUAUGUGGGGGAACUGUUGAGCAGCGUUCGUGGUUCUGAUCCCCGUGCCAAACUCAUCUGCAAGCUGGAUGCCAACCCACCUCCAAGCUGGACUCUGCCCAGACCAGUGGCUCGUCGAAUACGAGCACAUGAAACAUUGUAUGUGCUGGGUGGUCGCCAUGAUCAAGAAAAGCAGCAUUUAUUUCAGUUUCACCCACGUAGCGGCAUGUGGCAGCCAUGUGCCCCACUGCAGCGCCGGAAUCUGACGCAAUACGCUGUGGCAGCCGUAGGGAAUGCCAUCGUGGUGACAGGAGGUUACUUUCUGGACGAGGUGGUGUGGUACAGCGUGGACUGGGUGCUUAUGUUUCUCUGCAGCGAGGGGCGUUGGACAGAAGGGCCUUCCUUCAAGAAGUCCAGGCACAGCCACUGCGCAGUGGGCAUUAAAGACCAACUCUUCAUAUUGGGAGGCAGCAUGGAUAGUGGACCCAUCACGGAUGUGGAGAGUUUUCAGCUAGGUGCUGAGAGCUGGGAGAGUGCCAGUCCUCUCAUCCAGGCUGUGGAGAGGGCAGCAGCCACCAGUCUGGACUCCACCAUUUAUGUAGCUUGUGGCCUAGAUGAAAAUGGAGACGUGUACAAAGGCAUCCAGCGGUUUCGUGUAGACCAGGACCAGUGGGAUGUUGUCUCCUACUCCCCAUUUCCACGGUACGACCUUUGUGCCACAAUGCUGAAUGGCGCCCUUUACCUAGUGGGAGGUAAGGCCUUACGUCUGGACAUAGACACCGAUGAGUGGACACUGGUGGACGAGCCGUGUUUAGACCAAAAGUUUUUUAUGGGUUGUGCAACGGUCAAUGGUCAAGUGUACAUAGUAGGGGAACGGCGCAGGAACCAGGCCCUUCCCAACAUGAUCCUUCUGGACCCCUAUACAGACAUCUGCAUGGAGGUUGAGGACACCAUGCCCUGCCCUCUGCCCAUACAUGGUUGUGCCAGUGUGCUUACUGCCCUGUGACACCCAGGAAGCCAGAUUGGCUGCUUAGAAGCUCCAGUUGUUCAUCAGUGAAUGCAGAAGAUCAAAAGAUUUGCACCGGUGGCUCAAAUACACAACCUCUGGCUUUCAUUUUAUGCAAUACUUCGGCUUCUUCUGGCAGCCGUGUUUCCCAGGACAAAUUGCUGUUAUGUGUCUGCAGUCUUCAUUUAUUGGAGUUUAACUUUAAAAUUAAGUUAAAAGUGUGGAUUAUGGUUUUCUUUGAUUCACUACCAGGCUGCAUGUUUGAUUGUUCUUUAUUUCUAUUUCUAGACUUUGGUUCUAAUGAUUUUCUUUGCUACCAUUCAAGAGAGCCUACGCACAGCACCUGUACAAAGUGUUCUGGCCCCUAAUUUCACUUUUUUCACAUUUUGUUGUGUUGCAGUCUUGAGCUAAAAUCAUUUACAUUUGUUUUUUUCCCUCAUCAAGUGACACUCAAUACCCCAAAAUCUCACAUUGACACAAGUAUUUAGACCCUCAGUUUCCUCAGAACUUCGGUGAAGCCCCUUUGGCAGCGAUUCCCAUCUGGUGUCUUUUUGGGUCUGACACGACAAGCUGGAUUGGGGGUUUUCUGCCAUUCUUUUCUUCGUCUUCUCAGGCUCUUUCAGGUUGGGUGGAGUCUAUCGGUGGACGGCUCUUUCAGGUCACUUCAGAGAUUUUUGGUUGUGUUAGAGUCUGAGUCCUAUCUAGACCUCUCAUAGACAUUUCCAGAGUUGAGCCUAAGCCAUUCCUGUGUUGUCUUUGCUUUGUCUUGUUAGAAGGUGACCCUUCAUCCCAGUCUGAGGUCCUGUGGAGCAGGUUUUCAUUAAGGAUGUCUCUGUACUUUGCUCCAGUCAGCUUUUCCUCAACCUUGUCUAUUCUCCCAGUCCCCAGCCCCACAUCAUGAUGCUUCCACCACCACGUUUCACUGAUGGAAUGGUGUUGUGCAGGGGACACCUUGAUUCCUCCAGCCAUGACACUUGAAACUGAGGCCAGGCAGUUCAAUCUUGGUUUUAUCAGAGCAGAGAAUCUUGUUUCUUACCACCCGAGAGUCCUUUAGGUGCUUUUUUGCAAACACCAUGUUGACAUCCAUGUGUCUCUUACGGAGGAAAGACUUUUGUCUGCCCACUCUGCCAUUAAGCCCAGAUCAGUUGGGUGUCACAAUGGUGGUUGUCGUUCUGGAAAUUUCUCUCAUCUUCAGAUAGCUUCACUGAUAUUGCCAUGAAUGUUCAGUUUGUUUGGGUGGCUAGCUCUAGGAAGAGUUGUGGUUGUUCCAAACUUCUUCCAUAUAAGAAUUAUGAAAGUCACUGUGCUCAUAGGAACCUUUAAUGCUACAGGAUUGUUUCUGUAGUCGUCCCUCGAUAUAAUCUUGUCUCUAAGCUCUACAGGCAGCUUCUUCGACCUCAUGGCUUGGCUAUUCUUCAAGUGUGGUAUCUUCUAUAGACAGGUGGGCACCAUUUCAUAUUCAGUCCAGUCAAUUAAAUUGACCACAGGUGGACUCCAAAGAAGGUGUAGAAACCUCUCAAUGAUGAGCAAUAGAAGGGGAUGCACCUGAGCCAAAGCAAAGGGUCUGAAUGCUUGUGUAAGUGGAAUAUUUCAUUUUUAAUAAAACUAGGGGGAUUCGACCUGCUCGAUUUGCUCGCCAACCCCUUUUCCCCUCUGCCAGUGCUUUAUGCCAUUGUGAAGAGGAUGGCUGAAUGCACCCCAAGGAGAUGGCCGCUCCUCCGAAACCCCUCUUAAACGGUGAUACAAUGGGAAACAA